GCUAGGUUUAAUUAGACAACUAGCAUAUAUUUCCGUUAUAUAGCUUGAACGAAACUGAACUUUAAGACGGUAUUUUUUACAUUUUACUGUAGCAGUUUGUUCUUGAAGAUGACACAGUUCAACUGUGUUAAUCUUGACAUGUUUAUGGGGGAAUUUGCUCUGCUAGAACAGAAAAUUACAGAAGUUAAUUGCAAAAACAACGUGUUGGAAAUCAUGCUGGAGGAUGCCAACAGACUCAUGAAAUUCUAUCUGACCAAGGAAAAAAGUGUGACUGAGGAGAGAGACAGCCUUCUUGUCACAGUCAACAGCCUGCAGCAGACUUUGCAGGAGCAGUGCAACCUCAGAGUGGAGAAUGAGAGACUAAAGAACGACAUGACAGAUCUGAAACGACAGAGUGAGAAAACAGCAGAGGACGGAGAGGCUGAGCUUCAGAGACUCACCAGUGAAAUGAGAGCAGAAGAAGACAGACACAAGAGGGAGCUAGAGACUGUACGGCAGCAGUGCAGGAGAGAGGUGGAGGACGCCCACAAGGAGAGGUUCAAUCAGUUGGAAACUAAAGAUGCUGAAAUAAAGGAGCUGCUGAAGAAAAAGGACGUUGAUCUGGAGGAGAUGAAGAAGAAGCUGAAGGAGCAGGAGAGGGAGCGGCAGAGCGAGCUCCUGAAGUUACAGAUGGAGUUUGGUGCGAAGUUAGCCAGAGUUCAGAGUACAGCUCAGUGGAGCCAACAGCAGCAGCAGCAACAACAACACGGAUCCAGUCUUCUUCCACAGAGUGUCUUUAAGAGGAAGUUGCAGUACUUCCAAGAGGAGAAGAACAAGGAGAUUGUGGCUCUGCGUCAGAGAGUCAAAGAGUUGGAAGAGAGCCAGCGUGUCAGCGGGCUCAAUGACGGCCGUCUGAAGAAGAGAAAGAUCUAGUUUGUUUAACGAACUACUGACCCACCAGCUGUGCAGAUUUGCAGCCUCAUCACCUUGCUCACAGGUGACCAGUGUGCAGAGAGGACAAUUAAACGCAGGCCGGAUUCCUGUCUAAGGCUUUAAUCCAAUCAGACGCCUGGACAGUAGGGAGGAAGAGAGGGAGGGAAGUUAGGCACGGGUUCAAGAGAAACUUGCAUCUGAGUGAAUCAGAUACUUGGAAGGACAAUCCCAUUCAAGGAAUCAAACCUGUUGAUCUCCUUUCAUUCAAAGAAAAAGAAAUCAUUUUACUUUUCCACUUUCAAUAUGUUUCCUUGAAGUCAAACUUGUGUUCUACUAAGCUUGAGAGUUUAGAAAAAUUAGAGCUAUUGAACUCUACUUCAUGUUAUUUGUGUGGAAGGAUUUCCUAUUGUUGAUGUUUAAGAGAGAAAAGUUGGAAAAUAGACGCACCUUGUUUAAUUCAAUGUGACUGAGCAUAUGUUUAUAGCUUAGGUCUGCAUUUGUAGCCUAAAACAUGCAUGCCCACCUGGGUAAUUAAUACAAAUUCAUUUGUUUACAUAGAGUAACAUACAGUCACCGGCCUUCAUUAGGUAUACCUGUGCAUUCUAAUUCAAUGCAAUACAACAACUCUACCAUAAAUUCUACUUUUUUGAAGUUUAUACAUUUUCAGUUUUUGUUGACAUUGUCAAAAAAGAGAUAAUUGUACUUUAUGUUUAUUACUGAGGUCGUACUAAGUGCUGGUGGCGUACUGAGGUGCAUUAUAUUGAAUGGUGUUCCUAAUAUUCUGCCCCCCUCAUGUACUUAAGGUGUAUUAGGUGUACCUAAUAAAGAGGCCAGUGAGUGUAAA